AAGAAUUGUAAAUAAUAGUUUUAAAUUAAAUUUGAUUUUGAAACAGUUUUUACUAAAGUAAAACAAACCAGAUAAAUAUAAAUAUAUUUAGUAUUUUCGAAUAUCUUUGAAACAAUUAAUUGAACAAAUAUGGAAUAAAGUUUAUCUCUACGAUAACGACGUUUAUCUGAAAAUAUAUAUAUCUGUGUAUUACAAAUUUUGAAAUCUUUAUCACACUUGCAUUGAGAUUAUUCAAGCAGGCAAUAAAAUCAUUUAUGUUUACCUAAGUAUCAAACACGGGAGAAAGUUUUAAUUAUAAAUAUACUUUAUAUAAUUAAGUAUGAGUUGUGACUUAAAAGAUGUAGUGCCAAAUAACCUCGCCAAGAUAAUAAUUAUAGUAUCAGUAACUUUAGGGAUGGUUGAAAGUGCUGCAUGGUUUGUUCUAAGCUUAAUAUCAAUCUGCUUCUUUAGAGGAUACAUUAGACCUUCCAAAUCAAGCGAGUACUUUCAAAGUGAUGUCGGAAGAACAAUUUAUGACUUUUAUUUACAUCGUGGAUUUGAAGCAACGCUUAAAAACACUAUGGCUGAAUACCCCUUAGUUAUUACUGCAACUCCCUUCUUUGCAUUUAUGAUAGUCUAUUUAUGUUUAAGUUUGUGUCUUCUGUUAAAUUCAAGUUUUUUAUUGUGGGCAACCUUGAGUAAAUUCAAGCGGCUUUAUAAAGAGAAUGUUGGCAUUUGGUGCAUUUUAACUGGAAUCAUUUCAUUUAUUGAUAUAAUAUUAAUGAUUUUAUUUGCCAUUAACUAUGUCCAUAUUAAGCAAUUUCAGGAUAGUCAUAAUGAGGGUCGUAGUCCAACUGACGCAAUUGUCCGUACUGCUACGGUAGUUGUAAUGACUUUAUCAAUUCGUGGAUAUGUGCUAUGGAUUAUAAAUGUCGUAUUUGCUGUUUUAAUGGGCUGUUUUACUUACCGGUAUUAUAAAGAGGAUACGCUACUUCAUUCACAUAUGUCUAGUGAGAGCUAUUCGACGUCAACAUCUUCGAGACUUGCAAAUAAUGGAGAUUAUACUAGCAACUUAAUUGGUGAGACCUAUCCACGUAGUUUCUACUCAGGACUUCGUGCUAAACUUUCUCAUAGUCCUACAGCUAAAUUUAUAAGGGCACUGAAUGAACGUGUUGUAAAAAAAUCUAACGAUAACACUACACCAUCUUCAUCGAGUAUACAAACGAAGAAUCCAGAGCAGACAGUCUAUGACAACGUGGAGUCAUACAUACCACCACCCUUUAUUCCAAGGCCAGAUUAUUCACCACCUCUUUCUCCAAGAACAAGACAUCUAAUUAGACAAAGAAAUAACAUGUUACAAAAAGAUUUCAGUUUUAAUAAAAUAUAACUGAAAUGUGCAUAUUUUUAUUUACUUUUAUUUCGUUUUGUAUAGUUUUUAUGGCUUAGUAAAAUUAGUUCACGAUAUUUUACUAAGUCGAAAUUUAAAUACUUUUAUUAUGUGAUAUUUAUUUGCAGAUAUUAAUGUUUGAUUUACUUAAAAAAACUAAUUAACUUUUAGUAAAUAAACUCAUAUUAUCUAACA